CAACUCAUUAUAAAAGGGGCAAGGGGCAAAGAAGGGGGAAGCAACCGCACGGACGCCCUAUGCUUACUGUCUUCCCUCGAGCUAGGGAGCCGAGAGCUUAAGUUCUACCCACGUAUAGUGAGAAGGAGAGAGGGUUCUCUGUUCUAAACUCGAGCUCGAUGGAAGCUGAGGCACAGGCUUUGAUGAGCAAGAGAUCCACAGCCUCUCGGUUCAGAAGGGUGUGCGUCUUCUGCGGCAGCAGCCCCGGGAGGAAACCCAGUUACCAGCUCGCAGCGAUCCAACUCGGCCAUGAAUUGGUUCGAAGGAACAUAGACUUGGUGUACGGUGGAGGAAGCGUUGGCCUCAUGGGUCUCGUCUCCCAAGCCGUGCACGAUGGCGGCCGCCAUGUCUUGGGAGUUAUUCCCAGGACUCUGAUGCCUCGAGAGAUUACGGGAGAGACGGUGGGAGAGGUGAGGGCCGUGUCGGGAAUGCACCAGAGGAAGGCGGAGAUGGCCAGCCAAGCCGAUGCCUUCAUAGCAUUGCCUGGUGGCUACGGAACCCUAGAAGAACUCCUCGAAGUGAUAACUUGGGCUCAGCUGGGGAUCCACGACAAGCCGGUGGGGUUGCUGAACGUCGAUGGCUACUACGACUCCCUGCUCUCCUUCAUCGACAAGGCUGUGGACGAGGGAUUCAUCGCGCCUGCCGCUCGUCAUAUCAUCAUCUCCGCACAGACUUCCCACGAGUUGCUGUCGGAGCUCGAGGAUUACCAGCCGAUGCACGACGGGGUUGCGCCACAGCUGAGCUGGGAGCGGGAGCGGUUGGGGCAGUCACCCAAAUCGAACAUCGGGCGUUGACGGCAGCCCCGCCGUGUAAACGUUGCCGACGUCCACGUGGCAGAUACCUUCUAAUUAGCAGAGCGGUGAGUCGUGGGUCCCAUCGUGACUUUAUCGUGGUUGACUUUGUUGACGCCGCCAAACUUUGAUGGGGUCGAAUCAUCGUAGAUGCUGACGUGGAGAAACAGGACUCGUGGCCUCCUCCUCCUGUCGGUAAACCUAUUUUUAUUAUCAUCAGUUUAAUUAUAAUUAUAUAUAUAUAUAAUCCGUGUUUUCUGUAAAUAUUUAUGAGAUCAAUUAGCUAAAACCAGCCAGCAAUAUGAUUGCUGCCUCUGAGCACAUCAUGCAUCGACCGACUUUAAUCACUAUGAAGUCGAUUUUGACCGUCCCCAUCGACUUGGAAACGAAGCAUGUGCUUCGUACCUUUCAAAAAAAAGAAAAGCAACGCAUCACCAAAAGAUCGAGAGAGAUGUGUCCAAGAAGAUAUCCCAUCGGACACUCAAAUCAUGAGACAGAAAAAUAAACUAAGCAGCGGCAACGACAAAACAUUAUUCGCCGUUAAUAAUCGAAGGAAAGAUGGAGACUGUUCCAGACAGCUACAAAUAAUUGCUCUUCAACUUAGCGAGGACAUCUGAAGCGUCAGGGAUGACGCUUCCUUUGGAUAGAUGGUCCAAGUUUACAGGGACGAGCAACGUGUCCUAUCAUGCCACCACAUAGAAAUAAGACAUUGAUGAUGUCGAUGACGGUGUUCUUUUAUUGGAGAACGAUCCGAGUUGGAAAUAGACGAUGAAUAGGUAGACGAUGUUCAA